GUCAGAGCGCAGCCUAAACAGGUGAAGUCAAUCCGGAAAUGAGAUGCUCCUCGUUUCAAAGAUGGUGUCUUACUGUGUACAGAGCUAACAACAACAAAAUGCAUACAAAGAAAAAUGAGCGAUAGAUACUUUACGUCAAAUCAGAAGCAACGGGACAAAUUUCUGGUAUUUUUCUGAGAACGCGUCUGAAUUUAACAGAUAUGGGCAACACAGCUGAAGGAGGAUCCUACACGGACAACCUCAUUGGGACUUUACUUGCAAUUUUUGGGAAUGUGCUUGUCAGCAUCUCUUUGACCAUUCAGAAACACAGCCAUGUGAAGUUAGCAGGAGCAAAGGACCAGCGUGCCUUCUAUCGCACUAAAACCUGGUGGUCAGGUUUUGUACUCACCUGUCUCGGGGAGUUAGCAAACUUUGUCUCUUAUGCGUUUGCUCCUCUGUCUAUUGUAGCCCCUCUCAAUGCUGUGUCGGUCCUGACAAGCUCAAUUUUGGGCUUUAUUUUCCUGCGUGAGAAAUUGAAACCGAAGGACUUUGCAAAGCAGUAUGGGCUCGUCUUCCUGGGCUACAUCUUUGUUAUAGGAGGGACAUACCUUCUUGUGUCAUUUGGACCAAACUCUCAUGAAAAACUUACAGCAGUGAACAUUGUGAAGCACCUUGUAGCCUGGCCUGUUCUCCUGUAUAUGCUCCUGGAGAUUAUCACGUUCUGCCUGCUUUUAUACUUCUACAAACGGCGCCGUGCUAACUACCUCAUUAUUAUUCUGCUGCUGGUUGCACUGCUGGGCUCUGUUACGGUCAUUACAGUGAAGGCUGUGUCAAGCAUGUUGGUUCUCACCAUCGAAGGCACCAUGCAGCUUAACUACCCAAUCUUCAGCGUCAUGUUUGUGUGCAUGGUGGCGUCAGCGAUCUUCCAAGCCAGUUUUCUCUCCCAAGCUUGUAAGCUGCAUGACUCCUCUCUCAUUGCAAGUAUCAACUACAUCUUCUCCACCUUCUUGGCCGUCUUAGGUGGAGCUGUGUUUUACUUAGAGUUUGAAAAGGAAAAUAUUCUUCACAUCAGCAUGUUUUUGUUGGGAUCUGCGUUGUGCUUCCUUGGGGUGUUUCUCAUCACCAAAACCAAGAAAAAGGCCAAGAUAUUUGAACCUUAUGUCUCUAUGAAUAUGAGCAAUGGUGUCCCGGCGAUUCACGACAAGGGCCUGGUCGUUCAGCCAGAUUAUAGUGGUUCGUUCUCCUAUGGGACUCUAGUCAACAACAAUGGAGUGGCUCCUGCUCCUCUCCCAGUCAACCUGGAAACACCACCACUUGGACCUAGAUCCACUGAUGCAUCACAUGACCAUCCUGGCAUGAAGAAAGAUUAAAAAUGAGUGCAGCUCCUGAUUCCUGAUUUAUCCAAAAAUUAAUAAUACCGAAGGACCUAAAAAGGCCACUUCCGUCUAAUAACUAUCUGUCUCUCUUAACGCCUUACAGUCCUGUGCGCGUCCUUGGAAAGCUUUCAUUUUUGGGAAGAUGUCAGCUGUAUUAAGUACAGAAAUGAGAAAAAGAAACCUGAAGAUGUCGACUGUUUUAGUGGAUUUGCAAAAUUCACUUGGGAAACAGGGACAACAGAGACAGUUUUGCACCUUUAAGCUACAUACCUUAUACUUGAUGUCAUCUUGGAUACCUCGUGAGCACACCAUGAUUAUUUAGCUAUUUUGUUCCCAUUCACUCAUUAAUGGGGCUGUACAGUGAUCUGUUCUUCCAUAGAGGGCUCAGAUUAUGGCUGUUUAUCAACCAUUACUAUAAUGUAGCUUCUCAGAAAACUUGUAAAUCAACAUUUUGGUUUUAAAUAUUUGCCUCCAGCUGUCUUCCAAGAAUAGUUUUCUCUUGUUCCUAGCAUUGCAUUGAUGCAAUGCAUCAUUGCUUUUCUUAAUAUGAUCUAACACUGCAUUGCAAGUGUCUUAAUUUAUGAUAACCUAUUUAUUAAUCUUCACUUAUAACAAGUUCUUAAUGUGCCUUGAAAUCUGGUUCUAAACUGGAUAGUUUGUGUAGGUAGUAGCUACAAACUGCAAAUAGGUGACAUUUCUGUAGGACACGUGUUAUUAAAAUGCAUCUGCAAUAUGUCAGCACCUGUCUUAAAAGUAUAGUGAGAGUAAUUUGAUAUCAGGGAAUUGAAAAAAAUAGUAUCUUAAGAUUAGUGACAAAACAGGUGUCAUGUCUGAGUACAAAAAAGGCGUUUUGGUUGUCCCUUUCAGCACCAGGUAGUUUCUGAUAGCACUUAAAAUCUAUAAAUAAAAACUGUAGUUAGUUUCUUUUUUGCACCGUGUCUGUCAAAUGUAAUUUUAUCAUUACAUGAAGUGAUUGGUUCAUAAAUGGCACUUUCCGACACUUGCCAUCUGCACAUGGAUCACUGCAUCUCAUCAGUGUUAUUUAAACAGCUAAACAAGGGCUAGAUGCUUUAACCCUGUGUUCAUGUAUGUGAUUAUUCUAGUGAUCAUUAAUGCUGUCUUCUAGUAAAAUUGGGAUGAUGUAUAUUCUUGUGUUAUAAAGUUAAUGCAGCAUUUGAUUCAUCAGAAUUGUGCUUUAUGGGUUUUCUGACACAUUUUCAGCUCUUUGUUGGCUACAGCUCUUCAUAUUU